AUGGAUCUCCGGUUAAUUGUGCUAGCGUCGUCGUUAGCACUCCUGAGCUUCAUUAGAGCACAACAAGAGGGAAGCGAAUGCAUCAAGGCCAACGCUCAGUCAUGUGGUCAGUGCAUCCAAGUGGCAGAGUCUUGUGGAUGGUGCACGGAUGAGGACUUCCUCUCGGUGGGUGAGUCCAAGUCCGCUCGCUGUGACGACUUGGAGUCCCUGAAAGCCAGAAAAUGCAAUGUGGCCAAAAUUGAGAACCCUCGAGGCAAUAUUGUGAUCAACAAGAACAAACCCGUCACCAACCGCAAGAAGGACGACACAGACAAACCCAAACCCGAGCAAAUCACGCAAAUCCAGCCUCAAAAGCUCACUUUAACCCUGCGAUCUGGCGAGCCGCAGACUUUUGAUUUGAAGUUCAAGCGAGCUGAGGACUAUCCCAUCGACCUUUACUACUUGAUGGACCUUUCCUUCUCCAUGAAAGACGAUCUGGACAAUGUUAAGAACCUGGGCACAGACCUCAUGAGAGAAAUGCAGACCAUCACAUCAGACUUCAGGAUUGGUUUCGGCUCAUUCGUGGAGAAGACUGUGAUGCCGUACAUCAGCACCACUCCGGCGCGAUACAAGAACCCAUGUACAGGCAGCCAGAACUGCACUAGCCCCUUCAGCUACAAGAAUGUCCUGAAGCUGACCAACAAGGGUGAUCAGUUCAACCGGUUGGUCAGCCAGCAGCAGAUCUCAGGGAACCUGGAUUCUCCAGAGGGUGGCUUCGACGCCAUCAUGCAGGUGGCCGUGUGCGAGGAGCAGAUUGGCUGGAGGAACGUUACCCGUCUCCUCGUCUUCUCUACGGAUGCGGGGUUCCAUUUUGCUGGGGAUGGAAAACUGGGUGGUAUCGUGCUUCCCAACGAUGGCAAAUGUCACCUGGAGAACAACAUGUACACCAUGAGUCAUUACUACGACUAUCCCUCCAUUGCACAUUUAGUGCAAAAACUGAGCGACCACAACAUUCAGACUAUCUUUGCUGUCACAGAGGAAUUCCAACCCGUUUACAAGGAGCUGAAAAAUCUCAUUCCCAAAUCGGCCGUGGGCACCCUGUCGUCCAAUUCCAGCAAUGUCAUCAAACUCAUCAUAGACGCCUACAACUCUUUGUCAUCCGAGGUCAUCUUAGAAAAUGGACGGCUUCCGGAAGGAGUUUCCAUCACCUACAAGUCCAUCUGUAAAAACGGGGUGGAGGGAAUUGGCGAAAAUGGCAGGAAGUGCUCCAACAUCUCCAUUGGAGAUGAGGUGACCUUCAAAAUCUCCAUCGAAUCUCAGAAGUGCCCGUCACAUGGCAAGGCGGAAAGCAUCAAGAUCAAACCAUUGGGCUUCACCGAAGAGGUGGAGGUGGUUCUCAACUUCAUCUGCGAAUGUCAGUGCUCGGCCCAGGGGGAGCCCAACAGCAACAAAUGCGACAAUCGUCAUGGCACCUUUGAGUGCGGGGCUUGCAAAUGCAACGAGGGUCGCAUUGGGCGUCAGUGCGAGUGCAGCACCGAUGAGGUCCGUACGGAGGAUUUGGAUGCAAAUUGUCGCAAGGACAACGGCACCGACAUCUGCAGCAACAACGGCGAUUGCGUCUGCGGAACCUGCGAGUGCAAAAAGAGGGAAAUCCCCUCUGAGAUCUACAGCGGAAAAUACUGCGAGUGCGACAACUUCAAUUGUGACCGCUCCAACAACAAGCUCUGUGGAGGCCACGGUCGUUGCGAGUGCCGCGUGUGUGUGUGCGACGACAACUACACAGGCAGCGCGUGCGACUGCUCGCUGGACACGUCCACCUGCCUGGCCAAGAAUGGACAGAUCUGCAAUGGGCGAGGAACCUGUGAGUGUGGCGUCUGCAAGUGCACCAACCCCAAGUUCCAGGGACCUACGUGCGAGAUCUGCCCCACCUGCCCCGGUGUUUGCGCGGAACACAAGGAGUGUGUCCAGUGCCGAGCGUUCCAGGCGGGUGAGAAGAAGGACACGUGCGAGCGCGACUGCAGUGACUUUGUGCUGAUCAAAGUAAAGGACCGCGAGAAACUUCCUCAGCCCACCGACCAGAGCUUCCCUCUGACGCAUUGCAAGGAGAGGGACGCAAACGACUGCUGGUUCUACUACACCUUUGCCAUCCGCAACGACACCAAGGAAGUCUACGUCGUCGAGACACUGGAAUGUCCGGCGGGUCCUGACAUCAUUCCGAUAGUGGCGGGAGUGGUCGCUGGUAUUGUCUUGAUCGGACUGGCCCUGCUGCUAAUCCUCAAACUGCUCAUGAUUAUACAUGACCGCCGCGAGUUCGCCAAGUUCGAGAAAGAGAAGAUGAACGCCAAGUGGGACACGGGUGAGAAUCCCAUCUACAAAAGUGCCGUUACCACAGUGGUGAAUCCAAAGUAUGAAGGUAAAUAA